GCGUCAUCAAAGAAAUCCGUGACGUUGCAAGAAUGGGAGCAGAAGCUUGGCCAGAUUAAGAUCAAGAAGGAGGACAUGAACCGGCUGGUCAUGAAUUUCUUAGUCACAGAGGGCUACGUGAAGGCAGCUCAAAUGUUUGAACAGGAAUCAGGGACAUGUCCGGGCAUCAACCUUGGUUCCAUCACAGACAGGAUGGAGAUCAGGAAGGCAGUGCAGAGUGGCAAUGUGGAGGACGCCAUCGAGAAAGUCAACGAUCUAGAUCCAGAG